UUGGCAGCAUAUUUUGCCUUUGCGCUCAAAUAGCGUAAAUACACGCCCGAAAAGUGCAAAAACUAAAAAUAAAUAAAUAACGCGGUUUUUAUAAAUUGAAUGUUUUAUAAUUAGAUGAACGAAACAACACUAAAUUUCCUCUCCUCUAGAAAUUAACUCUUGAAAUUAAAAGUUUGUCAUGGUGUCAAAAUGCUUUUUUGAAAAUGAAUUUCAAAAAUAUUCUAAUGAGACUUCAUAUCCUUUUCUUGACGAUACCAAGAAUGCGCUUUCAGAAAAAUUUCAAUGUAAAUUAAAUAAUUUCAAGAAUGAAAAAUUGUUACAUCUUACUACUGAAUUAAAUAGAGAUUUAUUUCAUGAUGGGACUGUAUAUACUGGUUCAGCUGGGAUGGCCUUGUAUUAUUUAAUGUUUUCAUUAAAUGGAAAUAGAGUAUCUCAUGGUAUGUUGCAGCAAGCUCUGGAAUAUAUUGACAUUAAUAAUUUAAAAGGACGCAGGAUUAGUUUUUUAUGUGGUGAUGCCGGCCCACUUGCAAUAGCAACAGUUAUAUCUUAUAAGCUUGGCAACAGAAGACCUGACAAUUUACCUGAAUAUAGUAACUUGGUCAAAAGACUAAUAAAUCUAAUUUCAUUAGUACAGGAUUCACCUGAUGAACUGCUCUAUGGAAGGGUUGGAUAUCUGUAUGCAUUACUCUUUGUGAAUAAAUAUAUAGGUGAGAGGAAUGCUAUACCUGCAAAGAACAUUGAAAAAGUAAUAACUUCUGUAUUAAAAUCUGGAAAACAGUUUUCACAGCAAAUGAAAUCUGAAAGUCCACUUUUAUGGCAGUGGCAUGACAAGAUCUACUUGGGCGCGGCCCAUGGCAUAUCAGGGAUUCUAUAUGUCUUAUUACAGGGCCGUUCGUACAUCAACGCAGAUGACAUAAGAAGUUACAUUAAACCAACACUGGAUUGGCUUUUGAAUCAACGUUUUCCAAGUGGAAAUUUCCCGUCGUCUCUUAAAAGCAGUUCCGGAGAUAGAUUAGUGCAAUGGUGCCAUGGAGCACCGGGAUUUGUUCCUUUAUGUCUAUUAGCUUAUCAGAUAUUUCAUGAAGAAAAGUAUCUCAACAUUGCAAUACAAUGUGGAGAUGUAAUAUGGCAACGAGGACUUUGCGCAAAAGGAUACAGCAUUUGUCACGGAGUUAGUGGAAAUGCAUACGCGUUUCUGCACCUUUAUCAAGUGACUAAAAGUGCGGUUCAUUUAUACCGAGCGUGCUGCUUCAUGGAGUGGUCUGCGUGCGAGAGGCCGGGCUCGGAGCUGCAUCGUCCCGACAGGCCGGCGUCGUUGUUUGAGGGGUUGCUGGGACGCAUCUACUUAGCAGCCGAUAUUGUUAAUCCCUUGGAAGCCAAAUUUCCUGCAUUUUGUUUAUAAAAUUGUAAUGUUCUGUGAUUAUUGCUUUAAUAUUUCGAUUUAAUUUUAUGAUAAUUCGAAAUUAAUAAAUUCGUAAUAAAUAAAUAAAUAAUACACAGUUGUUGCAUAUA